AUGCUAUCCGAGACUUGGGAGGAAUCUCGCCAUGACUCAGGGCGGCGCGCCAAUCUCUUCAGGCAUCUCUCUCGGAUCAUGCUCAACCUUGCAAAGCUUCCUCUCCCUAGGAUCGGCUCUUGGACAAUAGACGACGGUGGUGUCCUAAAACUCGCAAAUCGUCCCCUUACUCUUCUCUUUCACCAGCUAGAAAAUGCCGGGAUCGCGACCGAAAUACCCCGGGAUCGUACAUACACCUCUGUAGAGCCAUACCUCUUAGAUCUCAUCACCUGCCACGACAACCGCGUACGACAUCAACCUAACUCGAUCCACCACCAAAGCGAUGGCGAACAACAGUUGGCGGCUCUAACAGCAAUGCGGGCCCUCCUCCCCAAAUUUAUGGACCCGCAACUUCGUGAAGGGCCAUUUAUCUUCUCACUAACCGACCUUCACCAGAGCAAUAUCUUUGUGGACGAUGAUUGGCAUAUCACGAGUAUAAUUGAUCUCGAAUGGGCAUGUUCGCGACCUAUUGAGAUGGUUGGUCCACCGGACUGGCUUUCCGACCGGAGCCUGGAAGAAAUCUUUCUCUAUUUUGACGACUAUGCUGCCUUGCACGACGAGUUUGUCGACGCAGUAGAAAGUGAGGGCUUGGAGCUAUACCACACAAACUUCAGUGCUAAAGUCAUGCGUGCCUGUUGGAAGACGGGCUCAUUUUGGUACUCCCGUGCUUUGGACUCUCCAACGACUUUGCCAGCCUUAUACAUCGAUCAUAUCCAGCCACGGUUUGUAAAGCUCAGUACUGCCGCAUGGGCUGAGUUCAGUCAUAUGCUCAUGGCACUAUGGGAUCUAGAUAGCCGACCUUUUAUUUCCUUCAAGGUGAGAGAGCAGGAGCAAUAUGACAACAAACUAAGGAAUAUAUUCGCUCAGUCGCAGGGUGAGGAGAAUGCUUCUGAGACUGGAUAA